AUGUCGACCGAUCCCCGCCUACGGGCGCGUCAACAGCAGCUCGCCCCUGCUCCUGCUGCUGCUACGCCUCCUCCACCGCCACCACCGCCAGUCGAAGCUCCAGCUCAAUCUAUGGGCAUGGACGGUGCUACCGACGCCCACGCAGACAGGAACAUGGUGCCUGACGACAAGUUCAAGCUCAAGUUCUGCACCGUGUGUGCCAGCAACCAGAAUCGCUCCAUGGAAGCACACCUCCAGCUUGCCUCUGCCCAUCUCCCCACCAUCUCCUUUGGCACAGGCUCCCUCGUGCGCCUCCCCGGGCCCACCGUCACCCAGCCCAACGUCUACCACUUCAACAGCACCACGUACCGCUCCAUACACGAUGAACUCGCCCAGCAGAAUACUGCCCUCUACACCCACAACGGCCUGCUGAACAUGCUUGGCCGCAACCUCGCCAUCAAAGGCUUCCCAGAGCGCUUCCAAGACUGGGUGCCUGGUAAGCCGCGCCUGGAGCAUGCCGAGGACAAGGGCUGGCAAGGCACUGAAGCUGGUGUUGUCGAUGUCGUCAUUACGUGUGAGGAGCGCUGCUUUGAUGCGGUGCUAGAAGACCUGCACAACAAGGGUGGGAAACUCAAUCGCCCUGUUCAUGUCAUCAAUGUCGACAUCAAGGAUAACCAUGAAGAGGCCCUGGUAGGCGGCAAGGCCAUCCUCGACCUAGCUCUGACUCUGAACCAAGUUGCUGCCGAAGAGAGGGAAGCACAUGGCGAGAGCGGCUGGGAGUCUGGCGGUGGAGCUGCGCGAUCAGGUUUUGAUGAGCGCGUUCCUGAUAUCAUCGCCACGUGGCAGGAGCGGUGGCCGCAAAUGCCUGCGCUGUGGAGUCUGGCAUGGUCCUAG